AUGUAUCGUCUGGAAAAGCUGGAAAGUAAAUCAAAUACUGACUUGGCUGAUCUAAAUACAUACCUUAAAAUGCAAUCACAGUUUGGAGACUCGGACAAAGGCCAUGGAGGGGAGGUGACUGCGCAAGAGUUGUCAGGGGAAUCUCUGAACGACACCAGCAAUGAAGCUACCCACACAGAAAAUGAAGGCAAAUCUGUCAGCAGAGUGUACGGGCUACAAGUGCAACUAGAAGGUCCAGAGCAAGACUCUGAAGAUGCUGAAAAUGCAAUUAAUCAAAAGCAAUCUAAAGACAGCUCGAAUGAGUAUAGCACUGGAGACAACCUCCACAGAGUGCAAAAGGAUGUUAAAACUCAAGAGAAAGCCAUCAACUGGAUGUCCAGUGCAGAUCAACAGAAUGGACAAAAAUCAGAUGAUGAUCACAAAGCUGUCAGCAGCUUAUGCUGUCAAAGGACAGAAGAAAAGAGGGGCUGUCUGAGAAUGACAAAAAAGGUUCUGCAAGACAUCUGUAAACAGCAGAAAUUAUACGUGACCCCAUACUUAAAUGACACUCUUUACUUGCAUUAUAAAGGAUUUGACUGCCUGGAGAAUCUUGAGGAGUAUACUGGGUUGAAGUGUUUAUGGCUGCAAUCCAAUGGCAUAACAAAAAUCGAGAACUUGGAGGCUCAGACAGAGUUGCGUUGCCUCUACCUGCAACUCAAUUUAAUUAAGAAAAUUGAAAACCUUGAACCCUUACAAAAGCUGGAUUCCCUCAAUAUCAGUAACAACUACAUCAAGACCAUUGAGAAUCUCU